UCACUUUAUUAGUCAUUUGGUGCACCGUUACAAGUUCUAAGAAAUUAAAAACGAGUUAUGUCAUAAAUAAACCGUGUGGACACAAACAAAGGUUUCGAUUUGCUAAACCAAUUUCCCACUAGAAAAGUGGGAACAUUACACGAUUUGAAAUUGACGGACGUUCCAGAAUAGAGAGAACGUGUGCAUUGCCUUCGUUAGCAAAUAAUGUAUUCCAUUACAGGCUAUUUAGUAGUUAUUUUACAUUAAAAUGGCUACACAUUUGGUCAGCAUACUGUUGUAAUUAUGGUAGACGGAUAACGCAAAACAAUACUACGGAGGGAUAUGAUGAGAAGAAAGGAAGUAAAGUAGCUAGCUAGCUCGCCAGUCAGGGAAGCAUGAGAAGGAAGCGAGAUGGUGAAAGGCUUUGCUAGGUUGUAUGAUGGAAGGACUGGGAAAGGAGAGAUCCAUAUGCAGUUCUAGGCCCUUCCCAUGGCUCAGUCAUCCCGAGAAAGAGGCCUCAUCCCGGCUCUGGAAACUCACAGACUGCUUCUCCACCUCCGAGCAGCAAAACACCCCAAGUUACAACACAGACAAACAAAACGAUUACAUGGACAACAGAAAGCCAGUAUUGGAGCUGAAAGAUCUGCCUCCUCCUCCGCAUCAUACCGCUGCCUCCCAGCCCUUCCCCCUCACUCCCCUCCCUCUGCCCCCUCCCUGUCUGCCUCUUCUUCCGCAAGACUCCCUCCAACAACUACCACAACAGGGGGGUAGUCCCAAAGUAAGCGUGUGCACUCACUGUGAGCACUGCAGCACAGACCCAUUAGGUCGGGGUGGUUAUGGGGUUGUUAGUGGUGGAGGUGGCGCUAGUAUUAGUAGUGGUGUCAGUGUCAGCAGUGGUGUCCCACUCUACCUCCCUCCAAGUUCUCAGGAAGCCUCUUUCAGCAGGCUAGGAGCCAGUCAAAUAACGCCAACCACCCUCAACUCACACCCGCACUUCCCCAGCCUUGAUGGUGGUGGAGGGGAUGCUAGAGCCACGCUACUCCCCUCUGGGAGCUACAAGCUCCACAUCCCCUUUGUAGACACCACGUCCCAGCCCCUAUCCUUUCAGUCUCACUCCCACCUACCAUGCUCCUGCUGUACAGGAGGCCUUCUCAGACCUCUCCACUCUUACCCCUCUAUCCCUUUACCCUACAACGAGUCUAAAUUCAUUACCACCUCCGCCCCCCUCUCUACCCCCCACCAUAGGACUGGGUAUUACCCCUGUGGUGGUGAUUACAACCCUGCCACUCUGGGGGUCCAGAGAUCAUUGGCAGCACACAGUGACCCCCACAUACCCACCUCGGGACAUAUCUGUUCUUCUAAUGCUAUGCACUUCAAUCUUGAACGCACAGUUUGUCGCACGGGGUCGCACUUCUGCCGGGAUUGUUUGACGAAGCCUGCAGACAAGUUGUGGCCUAACAUUCCUCUGCCCCCGGCCCAGUCGGCCUCAGUGCCCAUCCCCGUGUGUAACGGCUGUGGGACCUCUUCCGACGGCCUGCUACUGCUGGGGUCCAGCCUGGGCAAAUCUGCAACAAAGUAUGGUUCUCCAGAAGGUCCUGAGAACAUUCCUCCGGUGGGUGUUUUCUGGGACAUAGAGAACUGCUGCGUUCCCAGUGGUCGCUCUGCUGCAGCUGUGGUCCAGCGCCUCCGCAGCCACUUCUUCCAGGGCCACAGAGAGGCGGAGUUCAUCUGCGUCUGUGACAUCAGCAAGGAGAACAAGGCCGUCAUCCAGGAGCUCAACAACUGCCAGGUGACGGUAGCGCACAUUAACGCUACCGCCAAGAACGCUGCGGACGACAAGCUUCGUCAGAGCCUGCGGCGCUUUGCAGAAACACACACUGCCCCUGCUACUGUGGUGCUAGUCUCCUCCGACGUGAACUUUGCCAGCGAGCUGAGCGACCUCCGGCAUCGCCAUGGUUUCCAGGUGAUCCUGGUCCAUAAGAGCGGUCAGACGUCGGACGCCCUGCUGCAGCACGCCCACCGCCACGUGGCCUUUGAAGAGAUGGUAGCCGACCUGCCGCCCAGACAGGCUGUAAAAUCACAGCUCGGUUUCAACCUGCUCUAUGUGUACAACCUGCCGCCGGGCUGCGACGGCAAGAGCGUGGGCAACCGCCUGCGCCGCCUCUCGGACAACUGCGGGGGCAAGGUGCUGGGCGUCUCCAUGGCCACCGGCACCGCCGUCCUCCGCUUCGGCUCGCAGGAAGCGGCGGAGCGCGCCCGCAAGCGCAUGGAGAACGAGGACGUGUUCGGCCGGCCCAUCACCCUCUCCUUCUCAGCUCCGUCCACUGAGGAGGGGAACGACCCGAUCCCACCACCCUCCUCAUCUGAGACUCCACCUCCGCUUCCAGUUCAACCUCUUCCCUCCUCCUCUUUUUCCUUCCUUCCCCUGGAGAAGCUGCGCUCCCCUAGGAGGAAAAGGCGUGCGAGGCGUGAGUGUCAGAGAGAGAGGGAAUCCUCGCUCCCCCUCUCCGUUCCGGUGCCUGAGAGGCCCUACAGCCCCAGGAGGGGGAGCGGGGGGACACCUUACCCCGUUCCCCCCCAAACCAGAACCCUUCCUCAGGAGCUAGGUGGACUGGAGACCAAGCCCAAGAUUGGGGGCUUCCCCCUGGAGGAAGGCCAGCGCAACUCCUCCCCCCACAGUAACGGAGAGGGGCUGUCCCAGCAGCACCCUAUCAAGGCCGGCCUCAUAGGAGAGUCUAUGUUCAGCUGCAGGAGGAGGGGCCUCUCCAGCCCACGCAGUGCAUCUGACUCUGAGCGUCAUGUGGACCGGAGCUCUGGAGAGUUCCAGGUCAGCACCCCCUCUGCCUUCAGCAAGCUGACCCUGCACAAGACCUUUAGCGCCUCGGUCCUCCCCCAGCCACAGGGCCUCUCCCAAGGCUCCUGGUCCUCACGGAGUGGAUCCCCCUGUAUGUCGAGCCGCUCCUCCCCCCUAAUAGGCCCUCCUCCCCGGGGCAGCAGCAGCCCCUGUCUGCCCGUGGCCCCCCAGGCCUCGGAGCCAUUCUCGGACGGGGCAGAUUUACAGGUGGCCAACCUGGACUACAGGAUGUCCCGUAAGGAGCUGCAGCAGAGCCUGCACGACGCCGUCUCCAGACACGGACGGGUUAAAGGCGUGGAGCUGAGUCCCCACACAGACUACCAGCUGAAGGCCACCGUCCAGAUGGUCUCUCUACAGCAGGCCAUCAGUGCUGUGAGCAGCCUGCACCGCUACAAGAUAGGAAGCAAACGCAUCCACGUCUCCCUCAUCACCGGGGCCGGCAACAAGUCUCUAGCCAUGCUCCGCUCUGAAAUCUUCCAGAUUCUCCAGGACGCGCCAGCCAGCUGUCUUCCCCUUUUCAAGUUCACUGAAAUCUACGAGAAAAAAUUUGGUCGUAAGCUGGUGGUGAGCGACCUAUACAGACUACAAGAGGUGGUGGCGGUGAGGGAGCAGGGUGGAGGCAGGCUGGUGUGUCUCCUCCCCAGUAGCCAGGCCAGGCAGAGCCCUCUGGGGUCGUCUCAGUCCCAGGAGGGGUCCUCGGCUAAUGGUAGUCCUGUGGUGUUUGAACAGUUGGAGUACCACGAGCCUGUCUGCAGUUACCACUACACACAGCAGAACUUCAGUGAGGCAGACUUUGACCCAGACUCGUAUAAGAUUCCUUUUGUGGUGGUGUCUCUGAAGACCCUGGCCUCCCAGGUCCACUGUCUGCUACAGUCCCAUGAGGGAACCCUGCCCCUGCUCAGUUUCUCCGAGUGCUAUGCAUCAGAGUUGGGCCCCCUGGCGGUGUCUGAGGAGGGGGAGGAGGAGGGGAGUGUCCCCUUGGAGCACCUCAUCACCUGUAUACCAGGCAUUAACAUCGUCACUGCACAGAACGGCUUCAAGGUCAUCAAGUGGAUCCACAACAAGCCGCCCGCAUCCAACACAGACCAGUGGACGCAGCGGUGCAAGUCCCCGGUGGGGAACCCCCAGUUGAUCCAGUUCAGUAGAGAGCUUAUUGACCUGAUGAAGGGUCAGCCCUGCAACCUGAUGCCCAUCGGCAAGUUCAUACCUGCCUACCACCACCACUAUGCCAAGCAGUGUAGGGUCUCUGACUACGGAUACUCUAAGCUGCUGGAGCUACUGGAGGCUGUGCCUCAUGUACUGCAGAUCCUUGGCAUGGGGACCAAGCGUCUGCUGACCCUGACCCACCGUGCCCAGGUGAAGAGAUUCACCCAGGACCUCCUCAAACUGCUCAAGUUCCAGGCCAGCAAACAGGUGGCCGUCACGGACUUCAUGCAGGCCUACCAUUGGUGCUUCUCCAGAGACUGGCGGGUGCUGGACUAUGGGAUGUGUGAUCUGAUGGACCUGCUAGCUGAGAUCCCUGACACUACCAUCACCAUCACACACGAGGACUUGGACACUGUCAUCUCUGUACCCAAGAGAGAUCGUACAUCAGAUGAGAUGGAGCGGACCAAGCAGUUUGGUAAGGAGGUGGUGGACCUGCUGCGUCACCAGCCCCACUGUCGCAUGGCCUUCUCCAAGUUCAUCCCUACCUACCACCACCACUUCGGACGCCAGUGCAAACUCGCCUACUACGGCUUCACCAAGCUCAUGGAGCUCUUCGAGGCCAUCCCCGACGUACUCGUGGUGUUGGAGUGUGGAGAGGAGAAGGUGCUGACCCUAACAGAGGUAGAGCGUGUGAAGGCCCUGGCUGCCCAGCUGGUCAAGAUGCUCCGCUCCCAGAGAGACUCCAGCCUGCCUGCUGCCCAGCUACUGUCUGAGUACAGCAAGACCUUCGGCUACGGCCUGAGGCUCCAGGACUACGACGUCUCCUCCCUGCCCGCCCUGCUCGUCAACCUCUGCCACGUCGUCAAGGUGGUGGACGGCGCUAACGGCCGUGAGGUCCAGCUGAUCAACAGGAAGUCUCUGCGCUCGUUAACGUGCCAGCUGCUGUCCCUGCUGAUGGGCCUGGGGCAGCACGAGGGAGACGGCUCCGUCAGCGUGGAGGGCUUGAGUCUGCUGUAUCAUUCUGUACAUGGGGUACAGCUCAACCCCUGUGAAUACGGCUUCCUCUCGCUCAGCGAGCUGCUGAAGAGCCUGCCUUACCUGGUGGAGCUGUUCUACGGUGAGGGUGAGGAGGAAGGCGAGCGUGGCGAGGAGAGAGUUAGACUAACCCGUCUGUACCAGUUUGCCCGUAGGGUGCGUGCCCUGCUCCACACCUACCACUACCACCAGAUCUUCCUGACGGAGUUCCCCGGGGCCUACGCCAAGUUCACCGGACGCGGCCUCCAACCUCGCUCCUACGGCUACGGCAGCGUAGACGACCUGCUCAACGCCAUACCACAGGUAGUGUGGAUCAAAGGACAUGGCCACAAGAGGAUUAUCGUUUUGAAGAACGAUAUGAAAGCAGCACGAGCCACUGGAGCCAGCCCUGCAGCCUCAGAGGAGCCUGAGGACGGGGCCAGCCAGAGAGACAGCCCCUGUAGCAACACAGAGUCUGGAACUCACAGCCCAGGUGUUGGUGGGGUGGAGACAGAGCUGCUGUGUCUGACUUCUCCAGUAGACCUGCUGUGUGGCCCAGUACCCUCCUGCCUGCCCUCUCCCCAGCUGCACCCUGACCCCGUUCUCCAACAGGCUGACCUCAUCCGUUUCGAGCAGACGCCAUCACCAGCAGAGUGUGAUAAACCUGAGGAAGCGGUAGAAGCAGCAGCUGUCUGUGACACAUCUGAGCCUAUAGAACCACUAACUGACAACAACCGGAAUGUUGUUGUUUUGGUUUCCACGACUACCAAGCCUCCACAGAAUGUGACCCGCAAAAUGGCGUCUGUUGAAAACAGCCCCAGCAAGAGGGCUCCUCGCAAUAAAGUGAAGCUGGCAGCUAACUUCUCUUUUACAGCCGCCCCCUAGGACUCUCACUGACAAUCACAUGCUGGAACAAGCACACACUCGCACAUACUCACACACACACACAUUCAUCACACACAACUCGAAAAUGAAGAGUUGAUCGGCUAAAUUGUAAAAAGCCCCAAAAAUAAUAAUUUGUUUUUAGUCAUGCCCCCCGCAACAAACUGUGACGUUAUUUCCUUUCAUUGCCUUUCCCCCUUAUCUUUUCAAACUCAAUCAUCAUGUUGAUGUAGGUGUUUCUUCACAAAGCCAUGAGUUUUCUUGUUGCAGUUAUUUCUGCUACAGCCAUUCAUUUUUCAAAGCCGUGUACUUUUAGUCAGAUUAAUGCAUGUCCAGAAAGGUUUUGUGGUAGAUAUUAAUUUUAUACUUUGGAUAAGCUGUUUGGAAACAUGAUUCUCUGAAAGUGGAAAGAGAACUUCCCCACAUUGGACAAUACAGCGGCAACAAAUGCUGAGGUAGUUGGCACUGUAGCCACGAGUUUACACUGCAAAUCGCUAAAGAUGCCUAUUUUACCACUGAAUACCUUACCUGAACUGAAAACCCCUCAGAGAUGAAAUACAGUCACUUGUUUAAAAAUGGGAACUUAUACAGGGAUUUUAUAUCAUGUUAAUUAUUGUCAAGGAAGCUCUGAGGGAAAGCUAUAUAAAUAUGUAGAGAAACGUCAUUAUUUUGAUACGGCCUUGCUUUGUUUCAAGAAAGGAACCGUAAAGUGUCUAUUGCCCUCUCCGCUGUGUUGUCCCCAUUGCAUUUUGUCACCGGACAAAUGCACUUCUUCAUACAGCUAGAAGGAAAAAUAUAUAUAUUUGAGCUUUGCCAUUGAGGCAGCUUUGGAGGUAGUAUUGACAAUUAUCGUUAUUGAGUAACCAUGCCCAUCUCAUUCUUUUAACUCUUUCUCUUGGGCAAUGUUUAGCAUUGUGUUCAGUUCACACUCCGGUGUUAGAGUCCUCAGACAUCGUUCCACCUUGACUAUGUUCUUUCAUAAAGUAGUAGGCUAUAUGGCUGGUGUUUUCAGUUUCUCAGUUAAGUAUCGAGUCAAUGGCAGGAGUGAUCAAACUGCCAAAAUGGCUUUGAAGUAACUUUGACGGCAGUCUGGUCUCAGUCAAAUCGAUCUAAGCUUGUAUCUGUGUGUUCUCAAUGGGGUGUCGCAAUCAGCGCUGUCUCCAAUGUGUACGGCAGUGUGAAAGAGAAGGAAUUCUGACUCUUCAGUGAAUGAGUUUUGAAUGAGCUCUUGGUGAGGUUGUGGGCCGUUAUUUAGGCAAGGCAGAAGCCGAGACCCUGAAUACUCGGACCAAGUGUUAAAAAGCUUGGAGGCAGCGUGAACAAAGAUAUGGUGACACUGUUUCCUGCCGGAAGCUAAGUAGAAACUAUUUCUGUUUUUGUAUUUUUAGAGAUUGAGUGCGGUUUACACUUGAAUAACUUAUAGGUGGUGUGUAAUAUGCAUGUUGUGCAUACAAAAACAACAUUUUAUGCAUGGUGUAAACCUAUUAUAUCAGAAAUCAGACUGUUGGUGAACUGCAUUUUUUUUAAAGAAAUUAGUUGAAGUUGUCUUGUUUCCGCAGAAACCAUGUAUUACAGGUAUUGUUUACAUCACCCCCCCUCACUCCUGGUUACCGUUUACAUCACCCCUCCCCCUCACUCCUGGUUACUGUGGAAACGCCCAAGGUUGUUUUUGUUCAACCUUGUUGCUUUUUGUCUACAUUUUCAGUGUUGUCUCUACUGGUUGAGUAGAGGAGCUGGGAUGUUUGAUUUUUAAAACAAUGAGAUAGACUUGGUGUUUUUAGUAAAAGUGGAGAGAAAAGAUGGGCACUUGUGUGCUCCAGCUACACAUGAAACUGCAAGAGGGGCCCCUGGAGGCCCCCGAUAGGAUCAAAGGGACAAAGGCCCUCGUGCGGGUCUGGACAACGCCUGGCUCUUACAAUGGCUUGUAUCUGCCAUGGCGCUUAGUAAGGGAUGGCUACUGAAUGGACUGGAGACAUACCAUACCUCAUUUGUCUUUACAUUUCAUUUUUACUUGUGAUUGUCUAUAGAUAAAUGUUUUUGUUGUUGCCUAUCCUACGUGUUGAGGAGAGUGCUGAUUGUACUAACCAACCCCAAGUUAUGACAUUGAGUUCCUACCUACAAGCAUGGUUUGGAAAGUAGAAGGCAUGACUUGAUGUAAGGGAAAAACAGCAUCCCUAUGAACGGAUGUUGAAAGAUGCCGUUUUCUCUCUUGUGCUGCUACUGUGUUGAAGCUGCAGAAAAGGCCGGAGAAUUGGACCAGGGCCCCUGAUGUCCAUCUCCUUUGAUCCAAAAUGUCUUCCUUCUGUCAGUGUUACUGUAUGUGUUGGAGAUUCAGUUGAAGACCAGAGAAAUUGGGCCAGAGCCCAUGAUGGUGAUCUCCUUGCCAAGAGCCAAUAUGGCUCCUGUCCAGUUAGUGUUUUUCCUCUUGACUGUGUUUCAAAUUGGCAUCUCAUUUGAUUCUCCUCGUUAGUUACUAGACUUUUGUGUUUUGAAGCCCAAGAUUUCCUUCCUGUUUCUAAUUACAUGACUCACUCAGUAAAGGAGGUGGAUUUCCCAGAAUCUUGAGCGGUUUCCAAUACGGUAUAUUGAGGCAUAAUGGCUUAAAGGCUCAGAAUCUUCCGAAAGUGUUAGACCCAGUUUGAACAAUGGGCAGAAUCUUAUUUCUCUCUUUAACAAAGGGACAAUCGGCACAAAAGUUGCCUUAAAAUUGUGCACUAAAACUUAAAUUAUACUUUAGUUUGGCCUCGAAAGAUACAACUGCGUUUUACGUUAGAACUAACUCCCAGGUGCUACAGUGUCCACUAUCUCAGAAGGCAGAGUUAAAAAAAAGAGGUACAAUUCUCAUAAGUUUGCUUACAUCAGUAAAAAGCAGCGUGUACUGGUAAAGUACUCCGUAUGCACCUUUGCAUAGCUUUGGUUCUUGUAAAAGGAGGUUUAUUGUGGGUUUGUUCAUUUCUGAGGUGAAAAAAAGAAUUGUUUUGUCGUUGGUUAAUUUGUAUCGGACUCCACUAUAGUGCGAUUUAAUUGUAUCUCGAAGUGAGUAUCAUGGUCUGCGUCUGAAACGGCAGCAUAUUCCCUAUAUAAUGCACUACUUUAUAUGAACUCUGGUCAAAAGUAGUGCACUAUAUAGGGAAUAGGGUGCUAUUUUGGAUACUACCAUGUCUGUCAAUGUUUGUUUGCACUUCUCUUACAGUCUCUCUGUUGUACUCCCAUGGAACUCACCCCCUCCAGUUUUCAUCAUCAAGGUUAUCCUUUGUGAUAAUUCUUCUGUUCUGUAUUUGUUUCACUGAAGUAUUCUAUCGUUCCUUCUCCCUUUUCCCCCUUCACCUCACCAUACACAUACAAGAUGUUGUUGUAACCGUUUCAUUGAUGUUGAGGGGACCAAAUGAUUUCUGUUGAAUAAAUCACUCAAGCAUUA